GCGAUUGCAUAUGGCGAGGAGGUUAACCCUGAGGAAAAAUCAACCUGUGUCAACGACAAUAAACAAUGCGUCCGUUAAGUACAAACGAUUGCGGCAGUCAAUGACAAUUCGUCGACCGACGUACGAGAAUGCGCGACAAGUGCGGAAAAACGUCCGCGAGAAAAUGAUCCACGUGGUCGAGUCGACGAUCGCUGUUGUGAGCACUUGUUGACGAUGCAUCUGUCGUCGCGUCCUAGAAGAUAACGCACAAACGUUUUUCCGAAUCUUGAUCAUACGUGAAGAAAAAUAUGGCGCAAAUACAGACGUCGACGGUGGACGGUCUGCCGAAACACUUCGUCAACGCGAUGCGAACAUUGUUCGAUAUAAUGGACGAUCAGAACACCGGUUUCGUCAAGUUCGCCGACAUCGAAGGUCGCUGGCAGGACGAUGGCACGCAGGGUCUGCCGAAGGGCGUCCUAGACAGCCUGAAGAAGGUCACGCCGCCGAACGGAAUGCUGUCGUUUGAAAGAUUCUGCGCCGGUUUGAAGAUCUGUCUGCUGCAGAUACAAACGGGGGAGACCGAUUCCAAGAAGCACGACACCCAGCCGAACAGGCCGCCAUCCGCGCCGAUAUUUAACCCCGACAGUCAGAACAAAGCGGCCUGGACAUCCCCCAAUACCGCUGCCAUUCGACCCAACAAUGCCAUAUCUCAGCAACGCACCCUCAGCAUGCCGCAGUUACUGGCCAAUCGCAAGGACAUGAAUCCGCAAUUGGAGUUGAUGGAUGGUAGAAAUCUUGGAGAGCCGAAGCUCAAUAAAGUAUACGGCCCGCCGAAACCCCCGAGGACAGGAGCCGCUCUGGAAGGUAGAACGAUGGGCAUGGAGCGUAACUUUGAUAAGUCCGAGAUCAGGACCGCUUUACAAAACUGGCAAAUGGGUCUCAUAAUGAACGACGAGAAAGAGAAACGUCAGUUGCAGACUCUAAAUUACAGACCGGACGCUAGGUCAUUACUAAGACAAACCAGAGCACUGGGGGAUGGCAAAGCGAUUGAUAUACAGAGUAAUCAGCUUGCCAUUCAGCCUAAGAAAUCAACUGGUCGUCGCAGAGAACCCAGGCGACACACGUUGCAGAAUGGUAUUGAUUACAAUAUGAUGAAAAGAAUGAAGCAGAUUGAGCAAGAAAAGGAUGUCUUACUUCAAGGUUUAGCUGCUGUUGAUAAAGCUAGAGAAUGGUAUAUGAAGCAAAUUUCAGCCACUCAGGAAAAAAUCAAGCACCUUGGACGAAUGGGUUCUCACGUGGAACAAUGGACAGAGGCGCAGCAAGAGCGCUUGGAACUGCAACGCGCACGAGUUCUGGAAGUAAAUCGACAUUUAGCGGCCUUGAUAAGCAGUUGGGAACGCGGAGGACUUCCUUUUCAUAUGAAUCUUGCUUUCUUGAGUACUCCAACUUCGGCUCAGCUUCAUCAGGACAUGUUGUCUAGGCUUAAACAACAAAAUCAUAGAUUAACAGAGGAAGUUAGUAAAAAGAGUCAACGGAUAGCGUUGCUUGAGCAAGAGAAGGACGGUCUGGUUAGAGAAUUGUAUAACAGGCAAUCCGGAUUGGUUCAGUCCCGAAGAGCAACGAUGAUUCACGAACAACAUGAUCAAACAUUCAUAAUAUAAAUAUUCCAGACUUUGGAAAACGCAUCACGCAAAUAAUAAAGUGUGUGAAAAUAAACAAUUAUUGAAGAAGUAAUGUAGUCUAUUUGAGAAGUUCACGAAUGUUCUAGAUAUUUUUGUUUUCCGUAAAGUAGCUUAUUAAUAUUAUGCAAAUGUAAAUGACAAUAUUGGAUAAUCGUUUGAAAAUGUUAAAUGGAUCCGUUAAAAUCGCGCUGUAAACAUUCCAGAAUAUCUAUAUUAUGUUAGACUUUAAAAAUACAAAAUCUAUUUGAGAUAUAUUUUAUUAAAUAAAUAACACCACCGCUCGCGUGUGUAUGGUUUCAAAUCGCACCGAUUCGAUUUAAUAUCAUAUUGUAAGAUUGUAAAAUAUACUGAUAGUAUGCAAUUACUAUCCGUAGACGUAGUUUUAAUAUGUAAAUGAAA